AUGGCUAGUCCAGAAAGUGAUGGCCAAUUUCAGUUCACUGGUAUUAAAAAAAAAUAUCUCAACCCAUAUACUCUCACAGGUAGAAUGAAUUGUGUCCUGGCCAUAUAUGGAGGCAUUGCUUUGUUAGUCUUAUACUUCAAGUUAAGGCCUUUAAAAACUCCAGCUGUGAAAGCAACAUAAGUGGAUUUUGAAAUGUCUGACCUCAUCUGUUAAGCCCCAUGCCUGAAGAACCUGAUGUCAACUCAUCAUGUAGUACUCAGCUUCUACAAUAAAUU